GAGUUGCUGAGGGCUCCCACGUGCUGCGCCCGUGCGCGGAGGCGCUCGGAGGGGCCCACGUCCCCAGGCACCGCCUCCACGGCAUGGUCUCGCUCUGCACACUCCAGCCGCACCGUCUCCCGCGCAGCGCCGUCCUAUUUAAGGCGACGAGCUCCACCCUUUUCCGCCCCUUCCUUCAUUUUCACUUUUUUUUCCAUCCUCCUUUUUAUCACCGGAGGAGCCGCAUGUACGGGCGGAGCAUCGACUGCUUCCCUCCCAGCCAAUCACCACUCGGCUGCCUCUCUAUUGGCCGAGCCCCCGCGUGCGGUGGCAAAUGGGCUGUGAGUGUCGGUAUCUGGAGUCACGUGUUGCCGGCAAGCUAGCCAAUGAGAGCACAAGACCCAGGCGAGCAGACCAGAGCCGGGCGCACCGGAAGACUGACCCGGACCGAGAGAGUGGGCUUGUGAGACCGCAGAUCUGGGUGUUGAGAGGAAUUGCAUCACCUGGAAGGCGCGACCACAGACAGACUGACCGGCGCAGGGCGCCUGACGUUGCAGGUUCUGAUCUUUGGUACUACAAGAGCUGCUCUUCAGCCCCUGCUCCUGGGCCUAUGGAUUCUCCAUCUAGCAUUUCUUCUUAUUCCUCCUCCUCUCUCUCCUCGUCGUUUUCCACAUCCCCUGUGAGCAGUGACUCUGGCUUCCCCUCUGAUAAUGACAGGGAGGGCAAGAGCACCCAAGGGCUCAGGCCAGACGCUGUUGGGCAAAGGGGAGCCUCCCAGCCCAGUCCAGGCCCUAUCCGUUGCAGACAUCGACCCAGGAUUUCUAGUAACCAGCCUACAGCCUCUCAUCUGGAACAGCGAGGAUCUAGGGUCAAAAGAUCAAGAGACGGUGAAUUGGAGACCCGUCUACACACCCGGGGAUGUACCACAGAGGGAGACCUGCUUUUUGCUCAAAAGUGUAAAGAACUCCAAGGGUUCAUACGGCCCCUCACAGACCUACUGAAUGGACUGAAAAUGGGCCGCUUUGACAAAGGAUUGAGUAGCUUCCAGCAGAGUGUGGCCAUGGACCGGAUCCAGCGUAUCGUGGGGGUUUUACAGAAGCCUCAGAUGGGAGAACGGUAUCUAGGGACCUUGCUCCAAGUGGAAGGGAUGUUAAAGACAUGGUUCCCUCAUGUGGCUGCCCAGAAGUCAUCCUUAGGAGGUAGCAGGCAUCAGAUAAGCAAGCACUUUCCAAGCCACCAGAGUGACUCAGCUGCUUCCUCUCCUGCACCUCUCACGGAGAAGCUGGGCCAGACACAACUAGGACAUUUCGUUUUGAACCCGGAGCAGCCUUGGCAUCUUACAGAAUGGCCAGCGAUGAACCUCACCUGGAUUCACAGCACCCCCAUUUGUAACCCCCCCCUCAGUGCCCAAGGCUCCACCUCUGGCCACAGUUCCUCAGGCUCUGGGGCCAGCAUUGGUGUCAUCCUCGUCCUCCAGAAAGGAGGCCAGCCCUUCACCCGCUCUGCCCCAGGCACUCCCACCCCACCAGCCACACUGUCUCCUGUCACCCCUGGUGAGCUGAAGAGACCGUCUGGAGAUGGAGAGGGGCCUUGUUGCCACAGUUUGCCAGCAACGGUGCCACCAGACGGCAGCUGCACCCUCUGUCCCCCUGUCCUCCCUACCACUGUCGGAGAGAUGGCGGCAGGACCCCGAGACCCACACAUGAGCAGUCAUCCUGCAGCUGCCCCAGCCCUCAGCCCCUGACCCAGGCUUUGCAACUGUCCUCUGAGCUCCAACUUGUGUAAAUACAUGUUUGUGGGGGUUUUUUUGUUUUGUUUUUUACUUUUAAUGUAUUUGUGGUGAGGAAAAAGAAAUCCUUUCUG